AUGACUCAUGAGGAAACAGGAACGCAGUACCAGUUUGUCGGUCGUUAUUAUCCACCAGCUUACCUUGAAUACCAAAACCUGAACGUGAUAUCUGUGGACUACAAAGAGCUGGUGCAACCRCCGUGUUACGUGCAAGCGGUGCACAACGUUCCACUGGUGGGCAAAUGCACAAAGAUGUUACUGUUGAGGCUGUUCAGAUUGCGGCCGGACCUGUACUUGCGUGACUUGCACGUGGUCGGAUUCAGCUUGGGUGCUCAAGUUGCCGGCCACGUCGGACGGUURAUGAACAGCACUAUCCAGCGAAUAACCGGUCUAGACCCAGCGUCCCCGCUGUUCGACACGUUUUUGCUUAGCAACGAAGUAUUGGAUAAAUCGGAUGCGAUGUUCGUGGACGUAGUGCACAGUAACAUAGGCUUAAAAGGAAAAAUGGCGCCGCUAGGUCAUUUGGACUUUUACGCUAACAAUGGUAUCAUACAACCUGGCUGCGGUACAAAUACGUCGUGCAGCCACGUGAGGGCUGUUGAAUAUUUUGCAGAAUCAAUUAAUAGCAAAACACCGUUUUUGGCCGUCAAGUGUAUAAGUUACAUAAUGUAUAAGUUGAAAUUUUGCAAAACGUCUGAAACGUCACCAUUAAUAGUUAUGGGCGAACAUGUGAACAAAACCCAAAGAGGAAUUUAUUAUUUUAUGACUAACAGUAAACCGCCAUAUGCACAAGGAAUGGAUACAUAUGAAAAGAAAAAGACAAUCAUACCAUCGACRACAGACUUGUCACAAAUUGACCAAAAUGACAUACCUUUGACUGACCAAUAAAUAAAAAAAUUUUCUACUAUCCAAAAACAAUAUG